UGAUCACUCCGUUAAUAGGUGUGAUCCAGUCAGUUAAUUAAUUUUCCUCCCUGGCAACAGAAAUGUUCAAGUUUUUUGCAUUAUUGGCCACCUUGGUCUUAUCUGCGACCGGGGUUCAGGUCGUUUUCGACAACGCGGUCGACAUUGCGCAAGUAGCCGACAUUUCCUGCCCUUAUCAAGAUGAUUACAUGGAUUUUUGGGUGUAUGGUUGCCCCCGAGAGCCAAAGGAUGACAUUUAUCCGGAUAAGACAGGCUUCUGGUCGGGAUGUAAGACCGGAUGUAGUCUAGUUUACCAUGGGGGCUCGUUACCAAAACCGAGCAAAUUGUGGGUCUCGACUUAUAUGACGGGAUUCCCUGCAUCUAUUGAAAUUUCGGGUAAAAGUUCCCUGGGGGGAGGGGAGUCAGAAUGGGAUUUUGGAUAUAUAGAUUCCACUGAAGAAGUCUGGUGUUAUCAAGAGAUUGACUUGGCCAAUUUUCCCGGACAGGAUGCUGCCGUGAUAAAUUUCACCGUUUCCGGUGCCCCGUCUGGCGGAUACGUGCUAAUCGAUAAGAUCGUCGUUGACCUCGGAAACGGUCCAAUUUCUCCCAUCUCCAUCGAUAAGAAAGACGAUAAGGUGGCGGAACAUUGGAGUUACGAUGAUUGUCACCAUCUCGACGAUUACUCCGACUUUUGGGCGUUCGGAUGUCCCAUCCAACCGGAAGAAGAUAAAGCUGGGGUUGGAUAUUGGUCCCCGUGUCAGGAAAGGUCAUGCAAAAUUGAGUACGCCACGAGCCCGAGUAUCAUCCCAUCUGGCGUCCACAUUAAAGGUUAUAUAUCAGACCAAGGUCAAAUCAAGGUCGCUGCCGUAACCGGAAGUGGCGCAAAUAUUUCCUACACAGUAAUCGACACUAAAUCCGCAAGGCUUGAUUCGUGGCUGGAUUUUCCGGUCAAUUUGAAACCAUAUAGGAAUCAUAAAUUCCAAAUCAUUCUCGAGCCAAACGGAGGAGCUGCCAUGUUGGACUCGUUGUCCUUCGUUUUUGACGAUUUUGUGCAGAGCGAACCUGCGCAGAACGAGUUGCCCUUGUGCGUUCGUAAACCACAUUCAGAGCCUCCCACGACUACCACGCCCCCACCGACGACCACGCCACCACCAACGACCACGCCACCAGCGACCACCACCCCGAGCGAAGGUACUACCGGUGGACCAGCACCGUCCCCUGGACCUUCGCCUUCCCCAACGACCACCGAACCGACCACCACCACGGCGGGUACGGUAAAAUCCGGGACGCCCAGCUAUGUCGUUUCGAUUUUCUUAGCCGCAUUCAUUUUAUCCCGAUAAUUUUUAAAACAAAUUUAAAUCUUGUCAGAUUAAAAAACUUGUGAAGAAAAUUGAAUAAAUUUGCGAGGAAAAAAAU